CGUGUGUGCAUGUUCUUUGUUGCGUGUGUGUGUGUGUGUGCGUGCAGCCCCAGACACAGCAACCUCUCUGUCUUUGUUCUGCGACGCACACCCCCCACACAAACACAAACACCACGCACAACCUAUCCUCCAACCAACCAACCAACCAACCAACCAACCAACUGCUUUUGUGCUCCCGCACUUUCGCCAGCCUUCUCUCAUCUUCAACCUUCGCUCCCGCGUCUCUGAUCGUCGGCAUCCAUCCACGCCCUCAACUGCCUCGGCCGCCUCCAUUUAGUCGCUUGCACUUGGCUGCGUCAUCACCAUCAUCAGCCACAACACCGCAAGCCCACACAUCACUUGGCUCCAGCAGCACACAAGCGCUCAACCAGCAAACCAGACAAGCCACAAACACAAACAAACCCCUCCCCAGCCGCUUCAACUGGACAAUCAACCUCACAGGGCAUUUGGAUCUGCGAGUCCCCUUGGCGAUCGUUCCCCGACACAUCUCCCCAGCCCCCGCCCUCAAGCGCACGCACAAGCACUCCAGCACAGCGCGCCAACCAUGAGCGGCCUCACCAUGGCUGCGGCCCCGGUCAUGUCCCCGGGACUUGAACAGCUCUCCCCGCGCGCACGCGGUGGCAACGGCAACGGCAACGGCAACGGCAACGGCAACGACAACGCCACCGCCACAACAGCAAGCACGCUCUCCGCCUCAAUGAGCAAGGUGCCCCUGUUCAGUGCCGACGGCACCACCAAAGCGCACCUGCACAUGAGGCAGCAGCCCUCUGUGUUCACCUUCGACAGCAGCACCAACAGCAAGGAGGCUGCUGUGGCCCCGACGUACGCGCGUGCGUCGUCCUCAUGGUCGUCGUCGUCGUCGUCGGCCUACCCGGCCAGCGUGCGAUCGGCAGCGCCCCUGCUGCGCUCCAAGACAACCGCGGACGUGUUCACCGCACCAACAUCAGCCCCCGCGGGUAGCACCGCCACCAGCCUGGCGCCGUCAGCGGGAACGCCAGCAGCGACUGUGGGCCGGACAUCAGCCGCCUCCCCCUCCUCGUCAUCGCCGUCGUCCACGUCAUCGGCGGGGUCGGCGACCGCGGGGAAGCGCGCGCCGCGCGCCAGCGCAUCCGCCAUCAGCGAAAUCCUCAGCAUUCCGCUGUCGCAGGCACCAACCAACAAGGCGCCAACAACAACACCAUCAACAGCCUCCGCCAUGCACCACCACCACCACCACCACAGCCAGCAGGCACAGACUCCCACGCAGGGCCACCACAACACGAUGCACAGCCCGGGCCCGCUCUCGGCCAUGUCAUCCGCUGCUCCGCCAUCAGCAGCCAUGUUCUCCCCAACCUCCACCAGCAACGGCAUGGAUGCGGCGUCUCAGGGCGCAUACGACAGCCCGCCGCGCCAGGUGCUUGAUCUGCAGCCCCCACCAAAGAAGGCUAAGAUGGGGGGAGACAGCACAACAACCGCGGCAGCGGCAGCAUACUCGAUGCCGCCAUCCAACAUGUUCCCGUCGUCCAUCGGCGACUCAUCAGCACCAACCUACCACCACCGCCAGCAACACCAGCAACCACAACAAUACUACCACCAACACCAGCGACCACAACAAUACUACCAGCAGCAGCAGCCUGCGCCGGCCAAGUCGCUUCCAUUCUCCAGCACGGCGUCGCUCGCGUCUCUGCUGGAGGCCGGGCAAAGGCUGACGGAGAGCCUGUAUGGUGCAUCCUCCUUCGAGCACAGCCAGGGCGCACCCCCUUCACCCACACUUCCGUCCGCCGGCGCAGCCACGACAACAGCCGCCAGCCCGGGCGUCAACAACCCGUUCAGCGGCGUUGUGUCGUCGGCGGCCCCAGCUGCCGGCGCACGUGAUGUCAGCAACGGCCUCUCGUUCUCCAACAUCACCAGCACGGAUGGCGGCGCCGCCGCUGAUGUGCUCACGGACGCAAGCGCGGCCAUCGCCGACAUCACGUCCCCGUCGGUGCCGACGGCGUUUGACCGCUUCUUUGCAAGCCUGACGCAGGACGCCACCGACGAGAUGGUGGCCUCGCUCAACCCGGGCACGGAGGAGUCGGGUGCAUUUGAGUGCGGGUUUGAUGUGAACCAGAUCCCCACCAUCAACGACGCUGUGCUCAACCUCCCGUCGUUGUCUGACAGCAUCACCACCGACGAUGCCCCCGGCACUACCACCACCGCCGCCGCCGCCUCUGCCUCUGCAGCGCUCAGCCUCAGCAACCAAGGGUCCGUGCAUGCGGGCAACAACAACAACAGCAACAACAACGCCAUCGGUGAGCGCAGUGUGGGAAGCAAGCAGCACAACGGUAGCAACAACGCCCGCCCGCGACGCCAACGCAAGGCGCUGACCACCACGGCGGCUGCCAGGGCGUCCAAGCGCCGCACGUCUGCCCGUAUCCGCCAAGCCCGCACCUCAAAACAGCAGCAGCAGCAGCAGCAGCAGCAGCAACCAAGCUUGCAGCAAAGCAUCCAGCGCAGCCAGCUUCCCCAGUUCCACAACUACGGCGAGCAGCAUGCGUUUGCAAACCAGGAUGGGGUGACACCGCCCCACAGUGCAUCUUCGCUGGACUCGUGCGCGUUCUCCGACAUGAGCCUGCCUCUCUUCGCUGGCGAUGACAGCACGACGGCCCCUUCUCGUCGCUCCAAGAGCAGCCGCCGCUCCAGCCGCCACAGCCAAUCCUCCAAGGACUCGCUCAACGCCACGCGCCGCAUCGCAAACAUGCCGCCGGAGAAGCGCGAGCGCGUGCGCAAGUUGGCACGCGAUGCAGCCCGCCGGCGCCGGCGCGAAGAGCGCAUGAAGGACACGCACCGCGAGCAGCUGUGCGAAGAAUUGAAGAAGCGAAACGACACCUUGCGACAGGAACGCACGCAGCUGCAGAUCAAACUCAACGCUCUCGUGCAGGUGGCCAUUGAGAAGUUUCCACACUUUGUGUCAACGCAGUGAGCUGGACACUGUGAAAGCGUGUCGUGUGGUUUGAGGUGUUUGAUCUGCCAUCUCCGGAGAGCUGACAACACUGGCAAUGUUACAUCGACAUGCUUUACACCAACGCCUUCCAUCUUGGUUACACUUCUUGCGUUUGCGUGCUGUUUAUUCAUCCAUUCCCAUGUUCAAAGCGCUUUCACACCACACCCCCCCCCCCCGCAACUUUCAUUCCGUUUUGCUCAUCUCCCUCUCAUUGCGGGUCUUUUCCACGUUCUCAUUGUGGCUGCGUUAUUUGCACCCAUCGUACCACCACCUUGAGACACGCCACGUGCCGUCUCGCGUGGUUGUGUCUGCGCCUUUUGCCUUUUUUUCUCUUCGUCUUGUGUGUUGCGUACUCAAUGCCGCUGCAAACAGCAACAAUGCCACUGUUACACCUUUGGGGUUCCUUCCUGUUGUCUGCCCACUCGCUUUCUGUUGGUUAUUCUUUGUUCUCUCUUUUCGUGCAUGCCCAGUGGGCUCAUAUCCAUCGCCUUCAUAAACAGAGUGAACGAACA